GUUAGAGUUUUUCAUCGACAGCCGAAAGGUCUUGCACCCAAAAGCGCACGUUCCUAAAUCACGCGCCAACUGCUCGAACACAAACUAGGAAGAAGGGACCAAGCAACAAUUUGUUUAUUCCAUCUGAUGACUGCCUCUCCUAUAUCUAAGGAGAGCUAGCUGUUCAUCAGCUGAGACUCCCAUCAUCUCGCAAAACUACAAGCAGCUCACCUCGCAAAUUAACUGUCGGCCAUGGCGGCUGCUGGUGAAGCUUCAGGAGGCAGGGACAAGUACCGGUCGUUCAUGUACGGCGAGGGAGAGAAGGACACCGUGUGGAGGCUUGGAUCCCCUCCAAACUACGACGUCGUCAACAAGCUCUUCGAGGAAGAGAGAACCAAGGAAUGGCCAGAGGGGUCUCUGGAGGAGAAGGUCCAGAGGUUGCUGAAGACCUGGGAGAUGGAGCUCAUCCACAAGGUGCGACCCGAGGACCAGAAGAGCGUCCACUCGCAGAAAUUCUGCGCGAGCACCAACGGGAUGAGAUUUCUGAGCCGGAAGGAGGUGAUGGCUAUCGGCGGCUACAACGCGUUCCUGCAGACGAAACUGCCGCCGGAGCACCGCAUCUAUGACCCGGACAAUGAGACGCUGGAGUCCGGCAUGGCCACGUUCUUGACGGCGUUCCCGCGUGGCUUUGCCAUCGAGGUGCUCGACGUCUACAGUGGUCCACCACGGAUCGUCUUCAAGUUCCGACACUGGGGGUACAUGGAGGGGCCCUUCAAGGAGCAUCCCCCCCAUGGCAAGCGGGUCGAGUUCUUUGGCAUCUGCAUCUUCCAUGUCGACGAGGAGAUGAAGGUGGAGAAGACGGAGUACUUCUACGAGCGCGGCAAUUUCCUCGCGAGCUUCUUGAGCACGCCUGCUGCUGCUGCUGCUGCUGAGGCUGCGUCAGGCUCAGGAUGCCCUGUCAUGGGAGGAAACUGAAGCAAUGGGUAACCAACACAGCAUGUCACCCAUUCAAAUGUCCUACUCCAGAUUACCAACAGAUCUGCACCUGCUUUUUUAUUCCAAGCUAUAUACUGUAGUAAAUAAACAGUCUUGUUUGUAUGGUACAAAGCACAAACACCACUUGUGGUGGGUACCUUUAGGAUAGUUCUACUUGCUCUUUUGGCAUAGAAGAACUAAGCUACACGGCCAUGAUUUAAUCAUCAAAGUAGUUAUAAGUAGAAGUCUGACGAAUAAAAGUUCAAACUUCUUAUUUCGAGCAAAAUAUCCUCCUCCACCUCCAUUGUUGUAUGGAGUAUGCAUACAAUCUUUACCAGAUUUUAUCAGAGCACCGUGGUUGAUAGCUGCGCAUACCAAUGCUUCAAUCGCUCUUAUUCAAAGUAAAAAUGUAUAAACUUUGUAUCAUGGGAUCCUAACAUGUCCCCUGCCGUUGCCCUAUUCAUUCCUGUGUAAAAGAAAGUUUAUGUGA